AUGCUCUUCGUUCACCAACCGCCGAGAAUGUGGCAAGACCAAAGAAGUGCCACGGUGACACCGAACCUUCGGGCAACGGCCGGGGGCGAGCGCCCGAGUCGAAGCAGCAAGAGAUCCGGCAGUGCUACUCAAGGCCGUCGACCCAGCAGCGCAGUCGGAUCUGGGGCAGAGGUGCCGCACCGGCGGCACGGGGAGAGAGGCCCCUCGUCACGACCCGGCUCCGCCAGCUCGGGAAGUGCCCGUUUCAUCGGCAGCGUCCUCCGCGCCACAUCGCCGCCAGGGAGCGCGAGGUCCCAAACGCCGGUCCUCGUCACAGCCACCACAAGCGAUGGGACCCAGGUGCCUUUGAGGGUUUCCUCAGCGGGGCGUUCGAACCCCAACCGGCCCAGGACACCCUCCGCCUCGCAGCGACGAGCAAAUCAGAGUGGCAGCACCCCCUCGGUCAGGGACGGCAAGGACCCCGGUGCCGCGUCCACUCCCCUGCGCCCAGAGAGUGCGGGGGAGAGCCACAGCGCAGCGAAGGGCAAUGGUAGCCUCACCACGGUCAUCUCAUCGGCUUUGGAUUACAAGCGCUUCCUGGAUCGGCGCAAGCAGAUGAUCCAGCAGCAGGUAGAGACGGCGCAACAGGCAGACCACGUUCAGAAGAACGACGCCGACGGAGAGGAGACGCAGCCGAUCCGGCACUCAGGAUGGAACGCACGGGCCACAGGCCCGGUCAAGGCCAGCCAUGCCGUAGCGGUUCCAACCGCAGUUGCUGCGGUGGCUGCUGUGAUCCCCAAGCGGCCGUCCUCGACCACACCGACGAAAGCCAGCGACGAGGAGAGCCCAGCGGCAGAGGACUCCACACCCGGUUCCGCUCGGAGCAACUCGCCGGCGCACCUCCUGCGCCGUGUCUGUGUGAUGCCGGAGAAGCAGCGCGCUCAGACCCCGACAUCGCGCGCUACCCAGAGUGCGGCGACCGCUGCGCCAGGUGUGGACUCCGACAGUGUCGGCCGCAUUUCGCGCGUGUCUCUGCCAGCGGGCGCGGGUGUCCAGGCAUGCCGCAGCCUGGGCCAGGGCGAGCAGAAGGGCGAAAUCAUCGGGGGCUUCUCCAAGGAGGCCACGGAGACGACUGGUGAAGUCUCCGGUCGCAAGCAGCGGGACUCCUUCGACGUGCUUCUAAAGGAUGAUAUGAGCGACGGGAGACCGAGCACCAGCACUACGCUUACAGGAAGUUCUUUGGACGACUACAUAGUGGGCAAGCAGAUUGGCCAGGGCGCAUAUGCGACCGUUGCUUUCGGCCUCCACAAGGAGACCAGCAAGAAGGUGGCCAUCAAGAUCUACGAGAAGUACAAACUGCUCGAUCCACAGCGCCGGAAGAGCGUUCGCUGUGAGAUUCGGCUCAUGGAGCGGUUGAGACACCCAAACAUCGUGGAGUUCCACGAGGCCUUGGACACGCCUAAGCAGAUCUACCUCAUUAUGGAUUUCGUCUCUGGGGGCUCUUUGCACCACUUUUUGAAGAAGCGACCGAACCGGCGCACGGACGAUCCGUUGGCGAAACGCCUGUACUUCCAGGUCUGUCAGGGCAUCAAAUACCUUCAUGAUCGACACAUCGUCCACCGUGAUGUGAAGUUGGAGAACUUGCUCCUGGACGAGCAGGGAUCGGUGAAGAUCAUCGACUUCGGCUUUUCAACCAUUGUCCCUCCAGGGAAGAAGCUGAAAGUCUUCUGUGGAACUCCUUCUUACAUGGCCCCAGAGAUUGUGGCCAGGAAGGAGUACACAGGCUUUUGUGCAGAUAUUUGGGCCAUGGGCGUUCUGCUCUACGCCCUGCUUUGUGGCAGCUUCCCCUUCCGUGGGCAAAAUGACCGCGACCUCUACCGGAAAAUCGUACGAGGAGUGUUUCACAUCCCAGAAUUCGUUGGUGAUGGUGCCAAGGCCAUGGUGCAGCGUGCGCUAACGGCCGAUAUGUCCCGACGGCCCACUGUGGAGGACCUGUUGUCAGACCAGUGGUUGUCCGCCCAUCGGGAGGACUCGCACGCCAGCAAAGGUAGCACCAGCUACCAGCCCAAUAGCUCGACCAGCUCGACGUUCACGACAACGGCACCUUCGAGCACUGGUCAGAGUGCACGGGAGAGCUCCGGUGACUCGCCGCGCUCCCGCUAUGCCUGUGCGCCUCCUGCUCCGCCGCUCCUGACAGGACCCGGGGAGCACGAGGAGAAGUCUGCCACCACGGGAGGUUCUGCUACGCCGCAGCCGGCACACCGAAGCGAGGUGGAGACCGCCAAGGCUAUGGAACCAUCUGUGACGAGGGUGGCCACGGCAGGUUCACAGGCCUCGGAGGGAAUGAUCUCGGAGGAGCGGUACAACCGUCGCGUUGAAGAGGAGGCCAUCAGCAAGCUCGAGCGGCUGGGAUAUCCACGCGAAGAAAUCGUGCGACAGCUGAAGGAUCCCCAAUCCCACCUUUGCAAGCUUUACCAUCGCUUUCUCAAAGCCCUGACGGCGUGGGAUAGCAGGAAAUGA